AUGCAGCAGGCGUUCACGGACCCGCUUGUGGAUCUUGCAUCCGUCUCUUUCCAGCACCCGCGCGGCAAGGGCGUGGCGAGCGGGAUACAUGACGUCAGCCUCCGCGUGAACGGCGGUGAUCGCGUUCUCGUCGUGGGGCACAACGGCAGCGGCAAGUCAACGCUUCUCUCCCUCAUUGCGGGGCGGCGAAAGGCUGCGACUGGCCGCGCCACUGUGCUUGGCUCCGACGCCUUUGAUAACACGCGUCUGCAGCAGCACGUGACGCUCAUUGGCCAGCCGUGGCCGGCCGAGGCCUUCUUCACCACCACCGUCGACCACGUGGCCACCCCGGCGCCGCUGCCGGAACGGAGGCGACAAGUGGCGGGUGCUCUUCACCUCAACUUGGGGCGCGUCGUCAGCAGUAUGAGUUCCGGCGAGAGGCGACGAGUUCAGAUCCUCCACGGGCUGUUGCAGAAGAGCCGCGUCUACUUGCUUGAUGAAUGCAGCACCGACAUCGAUGUUGCCGAGCGAAAAACCGUGUUGGACCUUGUGAAGUCCGAGUGCGUUGCUGAUAAAAGCUGUUGCUUGUACGCAACCCACAUCUUGGAUGGCGUGAGUGACUGGGCGACGCACCUCCUCUUGCUUCAGAAGGGCACGGUGGUCGAUUUUAAAAGGGUAUCUGACGUCAACGAGCCCUUGGAGGAGUUUGUGUGCCGCUUUCUCGCCAGGCAUCAUCACCACCGCUUUGGCGACACCAACACGCAGGGACACACAGACAAUGAGUGCCACGGCCAAGAGAAGACGACAGAGACAUUGUCUCCUCUGUAUUUGGAAAAGGAGGCUGUCAUCGUGUGCGACCGACUACAAUAUAGGGAUGUAUUUCACGAGCUUUCCUUCACUGUCUACGGAGGGGAGCGUGUGUUGCUUUGUGGAUGCAACGGCUCCGGUAAGUCGACUCUGCUGAACAUGAUGGGCGGAAAGCAGUUCUUCAACAACCGCGCCGGAUCGCUCCGCAUUCUUGGGAAGACCGCUUACGAUGACAUGACGCUAAAUGGGCUCGUUGCGUUCGGCGGCGACUGGUGGGCUGCCGCGCCGCCGGGGGAAAUGCACGUGCAUGAGAUGAUUCAACUCAAAACUUCACGGGCGGAGCGGUUAUGCGAACUUCUUGAGGUGGACAUGUCUUGGGACGUCCGCCACAUUUCCGCAGGUGAGCAGAAGCGUGUGCAGCUUCUUUUUCACUUACUAGAAGACAAACCUGUCGUUCUUCUCGAUGAAGCCACUUCCGAUCUCGAUCUCGACCAACGCCACGGCCUGCUAUCAUUUCUGUACUUUGAAAGCGUUAAUCGGGGUGUGACUGUCGUGUACGCAACGCACAUUUUCGGCGGUCUUGAGGGUUGGCCCUCGGCUGUUGUGAUGCUUGACCGGACCAAGCGUGGUCUCCAUGCCUUUUGGCGCGGAAAGGAUUUGAAAUGGGGGGAAGUUAUUGAUGAGCUUUUUGCUUUAAAGAGCAGGGAGAAAUUCUGA